CAUAUUUUUCUAUCCUCCUCCUCUCCAAGCAACGACAACUCAUCUCCCUCUCUCUCUCUCUACUUUCUCUCUCUAAUCUAAUCUCUUCAUUCCUCCCAUCUUUCUCUCUAAAUCCGAUCCCCCAUCACUUACCACCAAUUACCCACUUGUUCUUCAUCUGGGUUUCGAAUCUUUCCCAUCGAAAACACAAACUUUAUUUUCUUGAAACCUGCAAUGAAACAGAUUAUCGACGGCGGCGGCGGUGACUUCAUACUUCCGACAGACGAAGAGGUUGACGUGGCUAAAACAUUAUUAAUGAUACAGAAAUUAUCAGCCAAGGAGGAGUUAAUUAAUCGCUUCAGUUUCACGUGGGGUGUCAAGAAGAAACGAUCUGUCUUGGUUUCCAAAUCGGAAUCUUCUCCGUCACCGUUGCCGGAGAAAGUGACGGCGGAGGAAGCCGAUAAAAGCCCGUCAACGCCGCUCAACUUCUUGCCUAGUGGUAGCGACGGUGUUGAUAAGCGUAAAACGUCGUCGUCUGGGAAGAGAAGUUUGAAGAGAAAGGCAACUGAUGAUUUGGUGGAGAGUUACAAUAGAAUGCAACAAGAAAGAGAAAUUCUCUUGAAGGAAACAAAGGCCAUGAAAAUUUUGCAUCAAGAACUUUCUUCUACAAAUCUUGAACUAAAAGCAAUUAUACAAAAGGUAAAUUAUUCAAGAAACAUUAAAGAUUUCCAUGUAUGGAAUAAAUCUAUGAAAAUAUAUGAUCAACAAAGUUAUCCACAAAUUACCAUGUUUGCCCCUCCAACACAACAACAACGUUGUCAACAAUUAGUAGUGGAUCCCAACAAUGGCAAACUGUUGGCAGUGUCAUGCUCCGGUAACAGUCACGGUGGAGGUAGAUUUGGGAUGAUCAAUCAGAUGGAUCCACGUGUCAAGAUGCAAGGGGAGGCUUAUGAUUUCAUGGGUUGUUCUCAACCGUUGGAUCAAAGUAAAUACUUGAUGAUGGAUAAUGAUCUACGGAUGAGGACUGCUGCAGCAGCUGCUAGAAAGAGGAGGAUAUUGAGGAUGAAAGAGAACAAGAAUGCUUUGUUGGCUUUGAAGCUAGCAAGAGGGUCUAGAUGAUGGUGGGUUUGACUUUUGUUGGUCUUGGUCAACCAUAUUGGGGUGGUUUGGUAAUUUUGACUCAUUUCUUUUUGGUUAUUCUUUGGUUUAGGGUUAGUGAUACAUUGGUGAAUUAGUUCAAAGACAUUUUUUAAAUACAAUCUAUUUUGGGUACUUUUUAUAGAAGUUAAAAAGAGUACUUUUGGGUAUUUUUAUUA